AUCAAAGAAGUGGUGAAGGUCAUUCUAGACUACAAGAAAGAUAUUUGGAAGAAUCAAGAGUUGUUCGAUCUCGUCGAGGAUUACUUCGACAACAGCCUUAAAACCCUAGAUUUUUGCGCAGCCCUCGAAAAAUGCCUCAAGCGUGCUCGCGACUGCCAACUAUUCAUCCUCCUCGAGCUCAAUCAGUUUGAAGAAGAACACCAAGCCGGGGAAAUUAGGUAUUCUAAAAUGCUGGAGGAAUUGAGGAAUUUCAAAGAUGCAGGGGAUCCGUUCACUGACGAGUUUUUCCAGAUGUUUCAAUCUGUUUAUCAACAACAGAUGCAUAUGUUAGAGAAGCUGCAGAGCAAGAAGUAUAAAUUGGACAAGAAGAAGCUCAAGUCCAUGCACUCAUGGGGGAAACUUUCGAGCAUAAUAUUCGCAGCAACUUUCGUCGCGGUGCUUGAUCUGCUCGGUGGUGCCAGCGGCGAUGGCGGCGCUGGAUUGAGUAUGAGGUGA